AUGUCCGAUCGUCCUAGACGCUCUACACGCCAGGCUGCCAGGCCAGUUCCAGUUGCGUCGACAAGCUCACCCUCGAGACCGAAACGCGUCAGUCAACCCAUAGAGCCUGCAGAACAACUGAGGAUAUUGCUUGAGAGCCCAAAGAGCAUCUUGACCAAGGUCGAUGUUGCUGAUGUCUUCAACCUUGCCGCUUGGGAGAUGCUCUCUGCAGAGUCUCGAGCUGCGCUCGCAAAGCUUCUACCUCCCACGGCCUUUGUGGACUACACGCCCUCACUAGAUGCCUCACAUCCAGCAUCUUCAGACAUGAUGGUCAUAGACACGGACCCUAAUGCGUCACGUCCCGUGAAUCCAUCAGCAAUCUUUAACAAUCCGCACUUUCUCGCCGCAGCACAGACUUUCCAAGACCAUCUCUUCUCUGGGUGGCUUUCUCCGCCGCAUCUGGAAAAGGUGCAGGUUUUCCAAAAGAGAAUUGAGGAAGGAAGCCUCGCUGCACCCUGGAAAGAUGAGGUCUGGCUUGAGGAAAACGCUGAAACAACCCAAGCACUCAGUAGCGCAAGCAGUACCACACUCGCUGGGUUCGUUGAAUCUUCCAGUCUGUUCCGACCCGCGAAGAAGCUUCUAACCAGGGUAUUCGACCUUCACCGAAUGUCUUCCCAUGGUGUCUCUAGGGGAGCUGCUCAGAUCAAGCUCACGACACUCGUCAAGGAGGGGACCAUCCAAGAGGGAGACAUCUUGGCCUACAGACGAACCUUCACCACUCUCAACAUCACUGUAGAGAAGGAUGCAAUUAUUCACUCUAUCGAUCCCAAAACCCAUUCCCUCACCGUUCUAACCGAAGGUGGAACCGCCAAGGAUGUACCAAGCUAUCUCCUCGACUCAUUGCCCCAAAACCCAUCCCUUCCCACUAAAUUGACAAACAUCACAAGUCCGUCCACUUUGGAAACUGGUUUGCUGGACACCGACGGUCGCGUCGAGAAGUCAGCACGACCGAACGGAAACGCAUGGAAAGCGAUCACAGUGUGGAGAAGGAGAACUGGCGUCGACGCGAUCCCUGGUGACAAGAGAGGCGGCAGAGAGAAUCACGGAACUUUGUUCUAUCUUCGAAGUGUUUACUACAAUGAACACUGA